AUGAAAGAAGAAAUGCUGGCCAGGAUAAAAGCCAUGACAAAGGACAAUAAUGAGAAGUUCGAGGUCCUUCAAGGCACUCUUGUUACCCGGAUCGAUGCCAACCAAGAAGAGUUUAAAAUCACAGUAAAUGCCCUCCAAGAGAAGAUGGAUGCCUGGAUAGCAAACAUGAGGUAUGAACAAAAAGAUAAAACGGCCUGCCAAAAAGCAACUGAGACCAAUCCAGAGAAAAUGGAGCCAAGUCCAGAAAAGAUGGAGUCCGGAGCAGAGCAUCGGGAGGUCCCUAAGGAAGAGGCCGCAGUGGAAACUUCUGGAGCAAUGAAGAAGCGGCAUUGGGGCCAGAAUCUAGCUGCAGUUACUAGACCCGUCGGAGGUGGUGAAGAUAGUUUCAAGUUGGCUCUCGUUGUUCGAACAGACUUGAAGAUGGAAAAGGGAAAAGCAGCAGCUCAGUGUUCCCAUGCAGCAGUCAUGGCAUACGAACAGGCCUUGCACCUCCAACCCACCAUUCUCAAACUAUGGAAAGCAUGUGGGCAGGCCAAGCUAGUGCUCAAAGUGGAAACAGAAUGUGAGUUACUGGAACUUGCCCACAAGGCUCGCAGCCAGGGGCUCAUCACAAGUCUUGUAUGUGAUACUGGACUCACCCAGGUAGAUCCAGGCUCCAAAACUGUGCUGGGGAUUGGCCCUGGACCUGUCAACCUUGUGGACACAGUCUCUGGACAUCUGAAGUUGUUUUGA